CUGAAAACAAGAUGGCGUCCAAAAGUGGGAACAACGGCACGAAAAUUGUGAAUAAAGGAAGCAAGGGAAGCUUAACACAAGAACAGAUAAUUUUUAAUUUUAAUCAACUAAGACAGGAACAAAGAAACCUUAUCUCUAAAAUGAACGAGCUAGAAAUGGAUCAGUCGGAACAUAGUAUGGUGAUAGAGAACUUAAAGGAUAUUGCUCCGGAACGAAAAUGUUUUCGCAUGAUUGGAGGAGUUUUGGUUGAAAGGACUGUAAAAGAUGUGCUACCAGCAUUAACCAGUAACAGAGAUCAGAUCAAAGGUCUUAUAGAGAAAUUAAAAAGUCAGCUACAAGCUAAAUCUGAAGAGCUUAAUAAUUUUAAGGAAACACAUAACAUCAGAUCUCAGGGAGAAAAGCAACAAACUGAACAGCAAAAAGAAGAGAAAACUAGUGGGGUACUUGUGCCAGAAACAGACAAAUAGUGGUUUGAUUGUUAGUCCCUAGGACAUUUAAAAUGUGUAAAAAUGCCUACCAGUUAUCUUUGAAUAGAUAUAGUUAACUA